AUGGGAAACGAAGUAUCAGCACAAAGGGUGACAUUUGAUUCACAUCCACCACGUACACCAUACAAGCAAUGUCAACAAGAAGUUUCCCUGAAUACAGAUACUUCCUCCACCAACGAACGCAAAAGUGAGGAGUUCGAAGAAGAUCCCUCAAGGCAAAAUAUAAACAAACGCAGGAAGUUGAAAUAUGAUGAGUGUCUUAGCCGAAGUGUUCUCGCUCCGAGAUCUUUGAUAGUCAUCCUAAAAUGUGAUUCCUUAUCAUCACUUCAGAGUGUAUCUCAACAGAAGGACCCCAUGAGAAUAAAGAAAGAUAGCGAUUCCAGCAGCAAAGAGAGCGACGCCGAUGCAGUUCUGAAAGAGUUUAUUCAACGAAGGAUCGAUCAUGUGAACAAGUAUAAACAGGAAGAAAUACGCUUGAGAAGACAAUAUGAAAGAGCAAUGUCCAGGUUUCCUGGACGUGAUCCAAUUGGAACCCCAUCCUUUGUUUAUCCACAUGCUACCAUUUCAGCUACUCCUUCAAUGUCUUCGAAGCUUACAGCUACCGGUACAAACAAAGAGGCUGAGACCGAGGAGAGUCCCAGAAUUGUGAUGGAGUUCACAAUGGAAACUUCCCCAAAUACAACUGCAUCAACAAGCUCUGCUGCUGUCAAGACCAAGGAUAAGACCAAGGAUGACUGA